UCUCCACCCCGCCCCUUUCGUGUCGUAAUUCUACACCGCAGCGUCUUUCUGCGGCCAUGGUAACAUUGCUGUUAACGGACUACUGCACCGACGACACGAAAUAACUGCUUUUGAUUAAGCCCUAGUCCGAGUCAGCAUCGCAACAUCAUGAAUUUAACAGAGAUCUGCGAUAAUGCCAAGAAGGGGCGGGAGUAUGCCCUACUUGGAAACUAUGACUCUUCUAUGGUGUACUACCAGGGCGUGAUGCAGCAGAUUUACAAGCACUGCCACACUCUCAGGGACCCUGCACUUAAGAUGAAAUGGCAACAGGUGAGGCAGGAGCUGCUGGAAGAGUAUGAGCAGGUGAAGAGCAUCAUGAACACCUUAGAAAGCUUCAAGGUAGACAAGCCUAUUGACUUCCCCACGCCGCAGCCAGAGGAGACUCCACGGGAUCCUGCAGUCUGGCCUCCACCAGUCCCAGCUGAGCACAGGGCUGCUGGCCAGGUGAAACGACCCAACACCACGGUGAAGCCCCAGCGGAAGGAAUCCCCUGGGCUUCAACACCGCGGUGCCGUGGGCCGGGCGCAGCCAAAUCCGAAACCCGACAAGCCCAGGGACGGCAAGGCGGCCAAAGCCAGAGAGGACAAGGGUAAAAAGAACUCCCAGGAGGGGGCCAUGGAAGGUGAGGUGAAGAAGUUUGAUGGCACGGGCUACGAUAGUGACCUGGUGGAGGCCCUCGAGCGGGACAUUGUGUCCAGGAAUCUCAACAUCCACUGGGAUGACAUUGCUGAUCUAGAAGAUGCCAAGAAGCUGCUGAGGGAGGCGGUGGUGCUGCCCAUGUGGAUGCCAGACUUCUUCAAGGGCAUCCGGCGACCUUGGAAGGGGGUGCUGAUGGUGGGCCCUCCGGGCACGGGGAAGACCAUGCUGGCCAAGGCGGUGGCCACUGAGUGUGGGACCACCUUCUUCAACGUCUCAUCCUCCACGCUCACCUCCAAAUACCGUGGGGAGUCUGAGAAGCUGGUGCGCUUGCUGUUUGAAAUGGCCAGGUUCUAUGCCCCGACGACCAUCUUCAUAGAUGAGAUCGACUCUAUCUGCAGCCGCAGGGGCACGUCUGAUGAGCACGAGGCCAGCAGGCGUGUGAAGUCAGAGCUGCUCAUACAGAUGGAUGGCGUCGGAGGAGCGCUGGAGAAUGAUGACCCCUCCAAGAUGGUGAUGGUGCUGGCUGCCACCAACUUCCCCUGGGACAUCGACGAGGCGCUGAGACGCAGGCUGGAGAAGAGGAUAUACAUUCCUCUGCCCACAGCCAAGGGUCGGGCGGAACUGCUGAAGAUCAACCUACGUGAGGUGGACCUGGCCCCUGACGUGAAUCUGGCCCUCAUUGCCGAGAAGAUCCAGGGCUACUCCGGAGCAGACAUCACCAGCGUGUGCAGGGAUGCUUCUAUGAUGGCCAUGCGGCGACGCAUCCAAGGCCUGACGCCUGAAGAGAUCCGAGCCCUGUCCAAGGACGAGCUGCAGAUGCCAGUCACCAUGGAGGACUUUGAGCUCACCCUCAGGAAGAUCUCAAAGUCUGUCUCUGCUGCUGACCUGGAGAAGUACGAGUCCUGGAUGGCUGAGUUUGGGUCGGUGUAGGGAAUACCACACCUGCUACCUGCGAUGGCUGAACCGUGGAUUGGAGAGGAUGUCGUCGUCAAGUUCUAACACUAUUAACCUUCCGGAAAUCGUCGUUUGCCCAGAGGCCUCUCGGGUGGAGACUUGCGGCCGACGUUGCGGCCUAGGCCUUUUGUGAUGCAUCCGUCAAGCCCCCGUGGGUGGGAUUCCUGCAGGGUAGGACGUCCCGACCCAUUUGGCUUCAUUCAUUUUUAAUUUAACUUAUGUUUUCAUCCAUUCUGACGAGUGCUUGAAUGGAUCAGAAUGUGGCGACUGAGAGUAGCAGCCGUGUAUUUGUUGAAUGUCUAGGAAACAUUGACUUGUCUCUGGAGCUGUUUCUGCCCGAGUUUAUCUGGGUGCCUGAAUACACUGUAUUUUUGUCUUUAGUUUUAAAUGUUAUGGACCGUAAGAGACAUGGUUUGUAAAAUAAUAAAAUAACAGAAGAAACAUUUUA